AUGGUUACAAUUGGCAAAUACUUUGGCGAUUACCCUGCUUUGACUUGUGCUACAAAUGGAGACAAGGUGUUCAUCCACACACCACAUAAACUCAGCGAGUCUUGCAGACCACAGUCAGCAAAUGUUGGUGGAGAUGUCUCUCUGUUAAACAUUAAUCAGAAAGUUUCUUCCAUUUGUGCUGGUAACCUUAAUCCCUCACUAGACUAUGAUGUUUUAAUGGUUGGCACAGACACCAACUUGAUUGCCUAUGAUAUAGCACAAAACAUGGAUCUUUUCUAUCGAGAAACCCCAGAUGGUGCUAAUGCCAUAACUUUUGGAACCCUUGGUUCUUUCCAAGACCAACUUGCUAUUGUAGGUGGGAACUGUUCUAUACAAGGAUUUGAUUGUGAAGGCAAUGAUCAAUUCUGGACGGUCACUGGGGACAAUGUCCGUUCACUUGCCUUAGUAGACUUUGAUAAAGAUGGCCACAAAGAGUUGAUUGUUGGUUCUGAGGAUUUUGAUAUCAGAGUCUUUCGAGAGGAUGAAAUCAUAGCUGAAAUGACUGAGACUGAGACCAUUACUUGCCUCCAUCCAAUUGAUGAAUGCAAAUUUGGAUAUGCUCUAGGAAAUGGAACUAUUGGGGUCUAUGAGAGAGCUUCCAGAUCCUGGAGAAUCAAGUCCAAGAGCCAUGCAGUGUCCAUCCACAGUUUUGAUUUGAACAAUGACGGUGUCCCUGAACUUAUUACUGGCUGGAGUAAUGGCAAGAUUGAUGUCAGAAAUGAAUCCAGUGGAGAGGUUAUAUUCAGAGACAAUUUUAACAGUUCUGUGGCUGGCAUUGUUCAGGGAGCCUACACACAGCCUGGGAAUGACCAACUCAUCUGUUGUUCUGUUGAAGGAGAAGUGCGAGGCUAUAACUCCUUAACUCCUCAAAAGGGUCAGACUUUGAUGGAUAUCAAUGUUGAACAAGAAAUGAUUCGGGAACUUACCCAAAAGAAACAGACACUCUUGAUGGAGCUGAAGAAUUAUCAAGACAACUUGUCACAAUCUCAAAAACCACUCACUGAAGAAUUUGAUAAGCCUGGUUCCUUGAUUCCAGUCAACACACAAGUCGAGACAGAAUUGAGCGUUCAGCCAGAAACACAGGAAUCUCCUGCACAUGUACUUCUUACAAUCUCCACCAACAAUGAUACAAUCAUUCGAGCUGUUACCAUUUUUGCUGAAGGAAUUUUUGAUGGAGAAAGCCAUGUGAUACAUCCAAACGCCAACAGACUUUCUUCCUCUUUAAAGAUGCCACUUAUUUUGCCCAAGGAUACACCAGUAGAUGCACAUGUUAAAGUUUUAGUUGGUUACAAGAACUGUGUCCAUUACCAUGUGUUUGAGAUCAAUCGUUUUGUACCCAGAUUCUCUAUGUACAUCUUAUGCUCACAGCUGCCAGUUCCCGAACCAGAAGGUUAUGUCAAAUUCACUAUCAAUGACAGAGUUCAAAGGGUAUGCAUUUGGAUCAAUCAAAACUUCUUGUUAAAAGAACUGUUACAGGCUGGAAAUAACCUUCACCUCUCUUUUAUGUCAAUGCGUAAUCAAACACCCCUCCUGUUUAAAAUGGACCAAUUCAAACAGGUCAUUAUCCAAACCGAUGACCUCGAUGUGGCAGGAAAUAUUGUCCAGUCUUUGGCCACUUAUCUCAAGAUUGAGGACCUCAAUGUUGCUGCACAUUUCCCUGAGGAAUUGAAAUCCUUAAAUGCACUCAUUGAAAAAGUGGAUGGUUUAAAUAGCAUGAGACAAACUCUAACUGCUGGCAUUGCUGACCAUUCCAAUCUCAUUCGGAGCAUGGUUGUUCGUGCUGAAGAUACACGUCUCAUUGGAGACAUCAAAGCAAUGAAACAAGGUUAUACAGAGUUGUACCACUUGAACCAAGAUUUGCUGAGGGAUUACAACAUCCGCUGCAAUAAUCACACAGAACUUGUGUCUUGCCUUAAACAAGUUAACCUUGUCAUCCAGAAGGCAUCCCGUCUCCGAGUUGGCAAAUAUAAAACACAAGUGGUAACAGCUUGCAGAGCGGCAAUCAAAAACAACAAUAUCAGUGCUUUGGUUAAAAUUAUCACAACAGGUGCUUCAUAG